CGCUGCUCAUCUAGUUCACUGUCAGUGUAGCUUUUGACUGCAUGAAGCAACAUGAAAUUGGCCUCGUUCGGAAGAGCAGUCGAUCUUGCCGUAAUUGUUUUCGUUUCUUCUGUUAUAGCUCACGUAUUUAAUACAAUAGUCAGUUUUGGCUACUUUAAGCAAGUUCUCGGUCACUCCCCUGGGCCAUGUCGGGCCAUCAAUGUCAAUGGUUCAGAAGAUGUGGAAAUACUUUCUAAUGGAAUGGCUUUGUUUUCAUCAGGUCUCCGUUACACAGUACAGUUAACAACCGAUCCAAUCAUCAACCAAAGGACAGGAAACAUAUAUCUCUUGGAUCUCAAUGAACACGAGCCAGAGCCUAUGAUAGUCACACUUAAAUCUUUCAACCGAAGCGACUUCAACCCGCAUGGAAUAUCCAUCUAUGAAGAUCCAACCACAGGCCAGGUGACGUUCUUCGUUGUCAAUCACAAGCACAAUGAUCAGGCUGUAGAAAUAUUUUCUUUUGACAAGAAAAAGAAAUGCAUGUAUCACCGGAGAACCGUCGUGGAUGGCAAGAUGUAUAGUCCAAAUGAUAUUCUAGCUGUCGGUCCAGAAAGCUUCUACGUAACUAAUGACCAUUACUUCCACUUCAGUCGCCCUUUCUUAAGGAUGCUCGAGGUUGCUUUUCUCAAUAUAUUUUUGCGCUCAAACGUGGUUUACUAUGACGGCUCCAAGUCACAUUUAGCAGUUACGGGACUGGUUGGACCCAAUGGAAUCAUAUUCGAUCGCAGUAAAAGGUAUGUUCUAGUGUCUGCUGGGUUUUCAAAUGCUAUUCACGUGUACAAACGACAAAGGGACAAUUCCUUACUCUUAUCUCAGAAAAUCAACAUUGGGACGCAUGCAGACAACAUUAAUGUGGACAUCGAUACUGGAUCCUUCUGGAUCGCUGGGGUACCAAAAGGACUUGAUUUCGCUGAGUACACAAGAAACCUAAAGCAUCCUGCUCCUUCUCAAGUUUUGAAUCUGCGAUUAAACGAAGAACGAUCUGGAGCCAUUCCGUUUCCUGAUUACGAACUUAGAGAGGUGUACCUUAACGAUGGACGUGAGCAUCGUGGAUCGACCUCAGCUGCUCACUUUAGAGGGAAACUCCUGAUAGGCGGGAUAUACGACAAGAUGUUAAUGUGUGAAGUGCGUGCCUUUUGAGAAGUGCGCUCACGGUUAGGAACAAACUAAUGAUGUGGGAGAACCUUGUUGACAGUGAACAAGUGAAUACAGUGAUCUGUACGUGGUCAUCUCUAGUAAUUAUCCAACAAGUACUGUACUAAGUACCAGAUGUCGAAUUUCCACCAAGAUGUGAAGAACAAACUGUACAUGUUCAAGAACUGAAAAGAACUAGUCAAUUUACAGUCUAAACAAUUAAAUUCAUGAAUUAUCCAAGAUUUGUUUUAAUAACCAGAUAUUUUAAAGCUAUUUAACAUUGAUAUAUUGAAAAAUACAACAAAACACUGCAGACAACGAAGUGGUUUAGUUGCCAAAGCGCGACAAUUUUGACAUGAAUAUGUAACAGCGCGCGUGUCUAUGUACUGUGAUAUAAACACGCUGAAAGAAGCACGAGUGAGUCGUAGAGAAACGCGAAGCGUAGCCAAGUGUUUGUGCUCUGCCGCCCGCAGAGUGUUUAUAUCACAGUAUAUAGACACGCGCGCAGAUUUAUAUUGUUAUAAAAUUUAAAAGAAUUAAUCGGAGCGUGUUUCUGUCCUCUGAUAUAAACAUGUUUUUUCAAGCGUUUCGACUUAUCAGAGUGCGCCCAGUACAUGUAUAUCAAAUAUGUUAUAAAUACUGAUCAUAUACGACAUGGGUAAAAGGCAUGUACUAUAUUACAAUAUUUAAAGCUGGGAAGGGCUUUAAUAAAUGGAUGAUACCAUACCAA